CGCGAGUCGCCGCACCUUCGCCGGGUGGAGCCUGCGAACGUGGGAACGUCUGUGGGUCGCUGCUGGUCGCGGGAGUGGAAACUGUUUGACAGGGGAGGUGAGGGUGCGGGGACCUGUGUACAAGAGGACCCGAAAUAACAGAAGCAAGUCGUUGGCGUGUGUCGCUGCGCAGGUUCCGGGGGCGAGCGGCGGGAGGCGGACUCGAGACAGACCGACAGAUGAGUCGUACGAGUCCCAGCAACAGGGCGCAGAGCGACAUGUCAGGGACCGUUCCAGGAGCGAGCGGAGGGAAGCGCGACUAGUCCGCCGCAACGCGGACAAAAAAAAAAAAAAUCAGGGUGGGUGGGGGGGAUGCGAAUGGUGCGAAGGGGGCGAAAUCAAACGAGAUGGGGACGAUGUAGCGCCGCUGCGGCAUUCCACGUAGCUAGAACUAACGUUAGAGUAGAGGACAGAUAGCCGAGGAGCUAGCGGCUCAACUAAGCUACAUGUGAAGAAGUUACUCCCCCGCCAGAAGCUGAAGCAGAGCCCGCGGGCGUCGGAGCAGUUCACCCGCGUUGCGACACGACGGGAGAUCAACAAGAAGAUGCUACGGAGAAGACUGAACCGUCUGUUUGGCGGUGAUGAGAGAAGAGUAGAAAGUAGGACUAUCAAUGUUGGUCAUCGGUCAGGCUCCCCCAAUGAGGCUAUCAUCCCACCCAAGUUCUGUGAUAACAGGAUUGUGUCCUCCAAGUAUACCGUUUGGAACUUUCUGCCAAAGAACCUGUUUGAACAGUUUAGAAGAAUCGCCAAUUUCUACUUCCUUAUCAUCUUCCUGGUGCAGGUGAUAGUGGACACUCCCACCAGCCCAGUCACCAGUGGCCUACCCUUAUUUUUUGUGAUCACAGUUACGGCUAUCAAGCAGGGAUAUGAGGACUGGCUACGACACAAGGCUGACAAUGAGGUGAACAAGUACCCAGUGACAGUGCUAGAAGAUGGCCGCAGGAUACGGAAGGAGAGUGAGAAGAUCAAGGUUGGAGAUGUUGUGGAGGUGGAGGAAGAUGAGACCUUUCCCUGUGAUUUGAUUCUGCUGCAGUCCAGCCGCGAUGAUGACACAUGUUUCGUUACCACUGCAAGUCUGGAUGGAGAGUCCAACCAUAAAACACAUUACACAGUGCCAGAUACCGAGAGGAAUCUGGAAUCUCUCAACGCCACCAUCGAGUGUGAAGAGCCACAGCCUGACCUUUACAAAUUUGUUGGCCGAAUGCACAUCUACACAAAUAAUCAGGAGCCUGCGGUGAGGUCUUUGGGCCCAGAAAACCUACUGCUGAAAGGGGCAACUUUAAAGAACACUCAGAAAAUCUAUGGUGUUGCGGUUUACUCUGGCAUGGAGACAAAGAUGGCUCUCAACUACCAGGGCAAGUCUCAGAAACGCUCUGCUGUGGAGAAGUCUAUCAAUGCGUUCCUACUUGUUUACCUUUGCAUACUAGUGAGCAAGGCCCUAGUGUGCACUACACUGAAGUAUGUGUGGCAGAGCAAGCCCGGACAAGACGAGCCUUGGUACAAUGAGAAAACCCAGAAAGAGAAGGACACCAAUUUAUACCUUAAGAUGUUCACUGACUUCCUGUCCUUCAUGGUGCUCUUCAACUUCAUCAUUCCGGUCUCCAUGUACGUGACGGUUGAGAUGCAAAAAUUUUUGGGAUCCUUUUUCAUCACCUGGGACAAGGACUUCUUUGACCCUGAGAUCAAGGAGGGAGCACUGGUCAACACUUCAGACCUCAAUGAGGAGCUGGGACAGGUGGAGUAUGUCUUCACAGACAAGACCGGCACCCUCACUCAGAACAACAUGGAGUUCAUUGAGUGCUGCAUCGACGGCUUCCAGUACAAGUACCAGGACGCAAGGUCCGAGUUGGACGGAUUCUGUGUCACAGAUGGACCCGUGAACAAACUUCAGCAGAAAGCUGGCAGGGAGAGGGAAGAGCUGUUUCUGCGUGCCCUGUGUCUGUGCCACACAGUCCAGGUGAAGGAGUCUCCAGAGCAGGCUCAAGACCAAGUGGACGGACUGACGGACCAGGUGGAUGAUUUAGAGGUGGAUGGAGAAGUGCCUUAUCCAUCGCAGGAGCAGAGAAGCUUUAUAGCCUCCUCACCUGAUGAGGUUGCCCUGGUCAAGGGUGCCAUGAGGUACGGCUUCACGUUUCUGGGUCUUGAAAGUAAAUCCAUGAAAAUUCUCAACAGGAACAAUGGUGUUGAAAUGUAUGAACUACUUCACGUGUUGAACUUUGACCCAGUGAGAAGGCGAAUGAGUGUCAUAGUCAGAUCCAAAUCAGGUGAUACAUUGCUCUUCUGUAAGGGAGCGGACUCUUCCAUCUUUCCCCGUGUUAGACAGGAAGAGGUUGAAAGGAUACGCAUGCAUGUGGAGCGUAAUGCAACUGAGGGCUACCGCACACUGUGUGUGGCCUACAAAUGUCUCAGUGCAGAGGAGUACGCCCAGGCAGAUGAAGGACUGAGGGAAGCUCGACUGGCUCUGCAGAAUAGAGAAGAGAAACUCAUGGCGGUUUACAACCAAGUGGAGACUGGGAUGAGUCUAAUAGGAGCUACUGCCGUCGAAGAUCGGCUUCAAGAGGAGGCAGCAGAGACCAUGGAGGCUCUGCAGGGGGCAGGCAUGAAGGUUUGGGUCCUAACGGGGGACAAGAUGGAGACAGCAAAGUCCACCUGUUAUGCUUGUAGAUUGUUCCAGAGAAAUACAGAGCUAUUGGAACUAACAGUGCGCACUCUGGAGGAUGGAGGGAGGAGGCGCGAGGAACGACUGCAUGACCUCUUGAAUGAAUAUCACAAGAAAGCUGUGCAGGAUGCACCACCGGCAAAGGCAGGCGUCACCAGAAGCUGGUCUUCCGCAAACCAAGACUACGGUUUUAUCAUAGAUGGAGCGACUCUGUCGAUGGUCCUCAACUCCUCCUCUGAAUCCAACUCGAGUCGCUACAAGAACCUGUUCCUGCAGAUUUGUCAAAACUGCACAGCUGUGCUCUGCUGCCGCAUGGCUCCUCUACAAAAGGCACAGAUUGUGAAAAUGGUGAAGAACUCUAAAGGAAGCCCAAUCACUCUCUCCAUCGGAGACGGUGCCAAUGAUGUCAGCAUGAUUUUGGAAGCUCAUGUCGGCAUUGGUAUCAAAGGUAAAGAGGGCCGCCAGGCAGUGAGGAACAGCGAUUAUGCCAUCCCCAAACUCAAGCACCUCAAGAAACUUUUGUUGGCUCAUGGGCAUCUCUACUAUGUUCGCAUUGCACACCUGGUGCAGUAUUUCUUUUACAAAAACCUCUGCUUCAUCUUACCUCAGUUUUUGUACCAGUUCUUCUGCGGCUAUUCCCAGCAACCCCUGUAUGACGCGGCCUAUCUGACGAUGUACAACAUCUGCUUCACCUCUAUGCCCAUCCUGGCUUACAGCCUCUUGGAGCAGCACAUCUGCAUUGAGGUUCUGCUGGACAAUGCUACCCUCUACAGAGAGAUUGCCAAGAAUGCCACGUUACGGUGGAGACCCUUCCUCUACUGGACGUUACUGGGAGUCUUCCAUGGUUUGCUCUUCUUCUUUGGCGUUCGCUAUCUGUUCAGUAACCCAGCACUGCAAGACAACGGCCAGGUUUUUGGGAACUGGUCCUAUGGAACAAUUGUCUUCACUGUCCUUGUCUUCACUGUCACACUAAAGCUCGCUCUGGACACACGCCAUUGGACGUGGAUCAACCACUUUGUUAUCUGGGGAUCCCUGGCUUUCUAUGUGUUUUUCAGCUUCUUCUGGGGAGGAAUCAUAUGGCCUUUCCUGAGUCAGCAGCGUUUGUACUUUGUGUUUGCCAACAUGCUGAGUUCGGUGUCCGCCUGGCUGGUGAUCAUCUUGCUCAUCCUGCUCAGCCUACUGCCAGAGAUCCUGCUUGUGGUUUUCCGCAAGCCCCGCGGCCCCAACGCUCGACAGAAGGAGCUGGUUCAGUCGAGCGUUGGGGGCCACCAGUCUCCCCGGUCUUCAGCCAGACCCCUGCUCAUGAGAACCUUUUCAGACGAGUCCAAUACUGUCAUUUAAGCAGCUGUCAGAGGACCGCCUCCUACAAACAGCCAGAUUGCAACUGUCACACCACUAUCCUACAACCAUCUGAGGGAGCGGGAGUGAAAAAAGGCAGCAGCAGCAGCGGCAGCAGCAAGGACUCGCAAACAACAGUGGCAUCAGCCGCGUUCAGGAUUCAAUGCCAGUUUGGUCAACGCUGAUCUGAAAAGAGGAGGAGGAGUAGAAGAAGAGGAGGAAAAAAAAUCAGAAGAAAAAGAGAGAUAUGUUGACUGGGUGGAAGGGAUGAAAAGGGAUUUCUGCUCCGUCCUUUUCUGCCCAAUCCCAAAAGCUCCUAAACCCCCGACGCAUGCCUGCAGAGCAGUCCCCUGCAAUAUAUUUUAAAUAUCUACUAAGAUGACAGGCAUGAGUUUUCUUUCUUUUACUUCUUUUUUUUUUUUUUUUUUUUUUUUUUUUAAUACUAGCUUACAACUGAAUGCAUACACCUCUGCCUUGUCAGUAGCUCUAUCCAACUGCUGUGUUUUAACAGGCGGUUGUAAUAUCCACUCCAAGAAUGGUUCACCUGCAUGAAAGAAGAAAGAAAGCUUUACUCCACUGAUGUUCAGUCACUGUGUUCGGCAAAGGUUUUAUAUAGACAAGAUGAUGAUCCCUUUCUCAACGGUUACACUUUACAAUUGCUACGCGUUUCAAUGGUUAUUCUCCAAAUGCUUAUAAGUUGUCUCAGAAAAUACGCUCAUCCGCAGGUUCAAACGGUUCCAAAUGAAAUGUUACUGAAUGUGAUUUCAAUCUCAGACGGUUUUCUGGUUUAUAGAUACUUCUUUGUCUCCAAGAGUGAAUCCAAAGCCUCUUGGAGACUGAGGUAUAAGAGAAGUUAAUGCAGAGUAUAUUACCACUCAAUCCAAAAAAGUGUGUGUGUGAAUGAGUGUGCGCGCGCAAGAUUGAGAGAUAGAUUAGAGAUUAUAAACAUUCUGGCAUUGAAACAAUGCCUCCAACCUCAGAGAUAAUUUAAGAGAGUCCAAUCUAAAAUGAGAAAAUUAAUAUAUGUAUAUAGCUUAGAGACGUAAGACAGCAUCUGCUGAAAGCCAAAAAGAAGAAGUGCGAUCGUAAUCUGUCCACACAAGCGUGAACGCGAUGAGUCGUGUGUCCAUGUGCAUGUCUCGCAUAAGUAUGUGCAACUGUACUGGAUGUGAGAAGUGUCUGUGUGCGUUUGUGUGUGUGAUGAAAACCACGAUUACUUGAACCAUGUUGAUGUAGUUCGGUUAGAGACGUUUCCUGCACUAUUAAGGACGGUUCCUUCAUUGCGUAGUCGGUCGUCAAUGCACAUGAAUAAACAAAGUGUGUCUGACCACACGCGCACAUUUAUAUCGGAUAGCUGAGAACAUUUCAAUAACCACACACGUUGUACACACGAUGCACACAUGCACUAGAGCCUAAAUGAGGUAUUUACUGUACGUUCAUCACCCAUAAUCUAGUUUGCAUCAUUCGUCUCGGUCAUGCUGAAGUUGUGGAGUUUACAGAAACCCAACUCCGGACCUGCAGAGUCGACAUAGUUACUGUCACACUCACACGUCCUCUCUUCUGUUCUGGACUGUUUGGCCUUUGAACUCCUUGUGUAGUGCUUCAUACAUUCCAUUUAAACUUGCCAUUAUUUCAAACUCUUUAAGAUACUUGUAAGAUGUAUUUUUUUUUCUUCCUUCACAAACACGUAUUGUCUAUUUGGCAUAUUUAUUGUUAAGUGUCAUUUUACUCACAAAUGUUAUAUUUUAUUACAUAAAUCUUUUUUUUUCUUUUUUACUGAGUGGUCAGCUCUGACAGUCAUUUGAGUUUUCCUGUGUAACUCCAGCCCUGAUGUGAGCCUGUGCCAAUUCCAUUUGAUUGUCUUGUCAUGUAUACAAAGACAGGCAGCCCCCAGCAAAAGCUCCCAACACCCCAAAACAUCCACCUCUGAUCCGGUGCCACUCCUUUUGUCACAUUAUUUAUCUCGGUUUGAACUGACGCGUAACUGUAACUAUAUUCAUUUUAGGUAUUGUGUUAUAGAAUCUGUCAGUAUGUUGAUUUUAAAGUUCACUGCUUCACUGAUCUUGUAUUUCACCCCACUGACUGUAGCCGGACAUAUCUGAUACAGUGGCACAUGCAGUCUAAACACCAAGUGGAGAUUUAAAUUAAGUUCAUGUUGAUUUGUUCUUAACAAACGGUGAAAUGUACACGCAUUUCAGCGUCAUUUUCUACUUAGUGUUUUUUCUGAUGUUCGGUUUGUGGUAUUUGACUUUUGUGACACGUCCCCUCCAGACUGCACUCUGGUGGAGAUGCUGGAUGUACAGUGAGGGGAGACACUGGGCGGGGCUGCCUGCUUUGUUAAAUGAAAAAAAAAUGAAAAAAACCUUUAAGUGACAUCAGAGAUGCUAUUUUCUUCGAAUCUAAUGUUUUGCCUGUCUAAUUAAAAGUUUAAAAGAUUGAAUUGUAUUUUUAAUGCAACCUUUUUUCCAGCCACUUUUGUAAGAAAAUCUAAAUUAGAAAGAAAAAAAAAAGCACGAGAGGCUCUGUGGUUGUGGAUGCUGUGCCUGUGUGAGGGGUGGAGGUGGACACCUUCAGGCGCCUGCAGCAGCGGUGCGUGGUACAGCAGGGACACCCAGCCACCUCCACCUCCGGCCCUCUGGGUCUCCAGCCUCAACACUCCAAACCUCCAAGCUGAAUGUACCUCUUUGAAACUAGUAUAUUCAAAACCUGAAGAUUUUUUUUCUGUAAUAAAGCAGAAUGUUUUGAAGAUAAA